AUGUCGCUAGACGGUACUUGGGCGUGGCUGCAUUACGAGGCAGUUGAGGCUGACACGUUUGUCUUCUCUGAUGUGGAAGAACCAUUUUCAGCAGUUUUGACUGAACCAUCUGUUGCUGUGUCAGCAACUGUUGUUUCUUCUUCUGGAGCCAUCUCUGCACAGGCGGUAUGUCCCGAGGAGUGCCUAGGGCAGGCAGGAGGGCCUGCGGUUGUAGAGGACAAUCUGCACUCUGGACGCGAUGGAAGGGACCUGCCCCGUCAAAGUCUACGAGCGCCACAUCCCGCCUCAGCGGCCAGAGCAAAUGGCAAGCCGACGAUACCCAUGGAAAUCCACGUUACCGAAGUGUAUAAUCCAGCGUUUUGGUAUUAUCUGCGUCCAACGCUUCCUCCAUUUAGGGGCUAACCCACGAUGCAGGAAGGUGGCUGAGCUCUUACCAACCCACGACCGCACUGACGUACAACGGCUACUCACCAUUCUAGGCCUGUUGCUGUUCACCACCAUAAUAAAUGAUAACAUCAUCACCAAUAAGUGCAGAAUAUUUGCUACGACAUCUAUUGCUCUUUCUAUAAAUUGAGUAAUAACAGCACCAUGUGCAGAAAUAGCUCCCACGAAUACUAAUUUCCGCAAUUCUAUUGGAAAUAUACUACUUCUUUUCCUCAUGAUGAUUUGACUUAUUUUGUCAUUUCAUCCCAAAACUUCAGUAUCAAUAAA